CCGGGGAUUACUUGACUGUCCGCCACAGCCAAUCGCAUGAUGAAGCUGCCAAAGAUACUUCAACGACAAUCUUGUCGCGGGAGUUAAGUUUGAAUCCGCAGGAGGCCAGCGAUAAACCUUCUGAGCAGCCCGGGUGCUGGUUCGAGGUGCUUUAGCGGCGCCAAUGCAUGUGUUGGGCGUCUAGUGGCAGUCUCGAACUCUGCUGACCCGGCGCAUAGCUUAUGCCCUAGUUCCUCGAAGCCUGGGGAACUGUUUCUCUUCGACAUCGCCGACUUUGGAGUGUGACUUCAUCGUUGUCCAAACCGUUGGUUUGAGGCAAAAAACCGCAGACCUUCAGCUGGCUACACCCACGCCGCAAGAACCCAUGGCACGCCUACUGGACCUACCUCCGAGCAUACUCAAUUACGUAUUCGACUAUGUCUCUAAAAAGGAACUCCAUGCUCUAGCGCAUACUUGUCACUCCUCCAGCAAAGAAGCGAUCCCUCGCCUGUAUCGAAACCUCAGAUUCGCACCCACUGGAUCAGCAUCGUGCGCACGAAAACUCGCCUUACUCCUUCGUACCUUCUUGGAGCGACCAAGUUUGAGCUUGCACGUAGCCUCAAUCAGAUUGUCGGGCGCGCAGUUAUGCUGGAAUAAAUGCAAUCCCUGGCCAGGGGAGGACAGCCGGAAUGCCAAACUUUGGGGACUUGACGCUUGUCCAAUUCUUACCAGAGCACAACUCAUAUUCGCCUCGAACAUGUUCUACCAGUUUGUGGAUGAUGAUAUGCAACAGUCGCAGCCGCAGUUCCGAGGACGGUGCGCAGAUGCCCUAGCUACGCUCGUAUUGACGCGCCUUACGGAGGUGCGUUAUUUGGAACUCGGCGACGGCUUCUUGCGCUACUCGUUAUUUUUACCACAACUACUAAAAAGGACGGAUUACCUAUUCCCGAAGCUACAUGGGGUCACUCUGGGCGACAAGAGUCUCAUAACCAUAGGCGUUGCUUACAUGGACCUCAAUCUACUGCGACCGAUUUUCUAUUCGUCAACAAUUACCAAAUUUGAAUGCUCCAUGUCACAACCAUGGCGCUUCCAGUGGAACGAUUCGAAACCACCACGGAGCAAUACACUAACCUCAUUGACUUUAUUCAGAACAAACAUCAGCAGAGCUACACUGGGCGAGCUGCUCUCGGCAACACCCAAGCUCAAGUAUCUCCACUACGAACACGAAUUCGUAUUCAACGCUGCCACUUCUACCGGUCCCUCGCUAUCCCCUUACCUGGGCCUCGACGAACUCAAUACGGCGUUGUUCCCCGUCAGAGAUACACUGGAAGAAUGCCACUUCAUUCUACGGCUUGGCCCAGGCUCGAUAUCCACCACCGAGUAUCCUCUUGCUAGCGUCCGGUUUCCGGCCGUGCAGGGCACUUUGACUAUGCUCAAGUUCAUGCCCCGCUUAACGAAGGUAGAAGUGCCCAUGACGAUGCUGUUGGGGUGGUACCCGAACUUCGCAGCCAAACUUGAGGAAGUCCUACCUCAUGGAAUCGUCGACAUCACACUGCGCGAUGAUCUCGUGCGAUACUGUCCAUGGGUCGCGCCUUCCAACGCCGAGAACAAGGUCGUGCGAAUCGCAGAGUACAUACAAGGGCGCGCGUUCCACGCAACGCAGCUGGAGUCUCUCAAAGUCCGCCUGACCUCCGCGAAGCGCUCGUUGGUGCACUCGAUCGGCGCAUUGAGCAUGUCGACAAGCGGGAGAGGGAGUCAUACUGGCCUCGUCCGUGGGAAGAAGUCGGAGACAUAUGGCUGGCGCUUCGAGAACACGAAACCUGCCGCGACGAGCCCGACAGCGUUGUGCCAUGUGACGAGGAAGGACAGCGUGUUCCGACCCAUGUCACCGCUCUUCGAAUCCUGCUGGUCAGAGACAAAUUUCUUCUGAGAGAGAUGAGCAGCACGGUUUCCUGAGAGCCGCGGAGCAGCAUAUCCAGCACAAAAUUGAUCUCAGAACCACCUCCAGCAGCGCGCAGAGCAAUCCUUCCAGACCCUGCGUACGCAACAACCACUGCACAGCCUGCAAAGCAUCACACACUCUCGAUCUCCGCCGCGGUCACAAGCACCCAAAGCCCGCUCGCCAACCCCACAUCCCCACGGCCUCCAGCGCCGGAAAAUACCCUCCCGUAAGCCACACCACGCGAACCCUAACCCACCGCUAACCCGUCCAGCCGAACUCCCGACCCCCGCAUGCCGAACCCCGCAUGCCUUGCGCCCUCGAAAACGAUGCCAAAAACGCGCGCAACCGUAUCUUCUUCUCUGGGCGAAAGUUGGUGUCGCAUACGAGCUGUAAACGCGGUGCAGAAGUGUAGCCGAGCGCCGGCGCUGAAGUGCUGCCGAGCGUCGGCGGCGGGACUUGGGCCGAACCGGCGCGCUGG